AUGCAACAAAAUCUAUCGAAAAUAUCUCCAUUAAAAGCUAUUCAUGACUUGGCUCGACGAAAUAAAAUAAUUGCUGAAUAUCAACUUGAAAAAGAAUCAGGUCCAGCUCAUGCAAAAAUUUAUACAGUACGACUUCGUUUAGAUGAAAAAGAAUAUGUUGGUAUUGAUCGUAGUAUUAAAUUAGCACAACGUGCUGCUGCACAAAUAGCUCUUGAAGAUCAUAAACAUAUAUUAUCAAGGAAUCAUCCUGAUAAAGAAACAAGCAAGCCUCAAUCUCCAACUGUUACUUUAAAUACUUGGGCUGCUCAACAUAAUAUUCCAACACAAUAUGUUUUAUUACAUGAACAAAUUCAUNACCUGAAGUUAAAAAAAAAUAAUGAUUUAUCAUGA